AUGUCGGUCGGUAAUUUGUUCGAUGAAGUGUGUGUAUAUUUGAGUCAAGUAAUAGACUACAUUACUUAUGCUUAUAAUACCUUUUUAAGUAUUAUAUUCCUUCGAGUCUUUAAGCAACAACCGUUUCAAGUUCACCUACCCACAAAAACUUUUCAUCCAGCUGUUCUUGUAACCGGAACAUCAUCUGGAAUUGGUCGUAAUGUUGCUAUCACCUUGGCUAUUCGUGGUUAUACUGUUUUCGCUACUAUUCGCAGAGAGGAAGAUGCUAAAGAAUUACAAGAAAAUUUCAAACAAUUCGAAAAUCCCAAAGGAGGAAUUUUACACACACUAAUUAUGGAUGUCACUAAAAAAGACGACAUUUCAAAUGCACACAUGGCUGUUAAAUCACGUGUUGGUCAUGAAAUCCCAUUCAUUGGAUUAAUCAAUAAUGCAUCAUUUGUUAGAUAUUUACCACUUGAGGUGGCAUCAGAAGAUGCUUAUGCUGAAAGUUUCAAUACAAAUUUUUUUGGAAUUGUGAAUGUAACAAAAAAAUUUUUACCAUUAUUAAGAGAAGAUCGUGGUCGUGUUAUUAACAUUGGUAGUAUUGCUUCUUGGGAAGCUUCACCCUUUAUGGGGGUUUAUGCCUCUACUAAAGCUGCCGUUAGAGCACUGACUCGUAUUUGGAGAAUGGAGGCUAGAUCAACCGGGGUGCACUUUUCUUUAAUCGAGCCAGGUAUUAUUUCGACUCGAUUAAGUGACCAAAUUAUUGAAAAUUAUCGUUCUUUCACAUCAUUUCCUUCAAAUUCUCGUUAUUAUGCUAUUCCACAUAGUAUCACUUCAAAUGUCAUUAAAUCAUAUGAAAAUAUGUACAGGAUGGUAGGAAAAUGGGGCGAAAGUUUUGUCAUCAAAGCUGCUCCACCAGAUAUAGUAACUGAUGCCAUUGUGCACGCAUUGACUGCUCCUUUCCCAAAGAAUACUUAUUAUGUUGGUUUGGAUGCUCGAUUUCUAGCAACAUUAAAUUGGUUACUUGGAGAUAGAAUUAGUGAAGCUGUGCAGGUCAAGGCUUUGACUCAUCCAAUAGAAAGUAUUCACACUUAA